CCUCUCGCCGCUGGGCCCCACAUCAAUGGCGUAACCUCACGGGACGCUUCCUCCCUCUGCGGCCCUCCCCCGUCUAUAAAUAGCACCCCCUCCCUCGCCUCUUCCUCAUCCAGUCCCCAAUCCGUCGAGAAAUUCCUCCCGAGCCAUCGAAAUCGAAGCGAAGCGAAGCGGCCUCCCCCGAUCCUCUCAAGAUGCAGAUCUUUGUUAAGACCCUCACCGGCAAGACCAUCACUUUGGAGGUUGAGUCGUCUGACACCAUUGACAAUGUGAAGGCCAAGAUCCAGGACAAGGAGGGCAUCCCUCCGGACCAGCAGCGUCUGAUCUUCGCUGGCAAGCAGCUUGAGGAUGGCCGCACCCUAGCAGACUACAACAUCCAGAAGGAGUCCACCCUCCACCUGGUGCUCCGCCUGCGUGGUGGUAUGCAGAUCUUUGUGAAGACCCUCACUGGCAAGACCAUCACCUUGGAGGUGGAGUCUUCCGACACCAUCGACAAUGUGAAGGCGAAGAUCCAGGACAAGGAGGGCAUCCCCCCGGACCAGCAGCGUCUGAUCUUCGCCGGCAAGCAGCUGGAGGAUGGCCGCACCCUGGCGGACUACAACAUCCAGAAGGAGUCCACCCUCCACUUGGUACUCCGUCUGCGUGGUGGUAUGCAGAUCUUUGUGAAGACCCUCACUGGCAAGACCAUCACCUUGGAGGUGGAGUCUUCUGACACCAUUGACAACGUGAAGGCGAAGAUCCAGGACAAGGAGGGCAUCCCCCCGGACCAGCAGCGUCUGAUCUUUGCUGGGAAGCAGCUUGAGGAUGGCCGCACCUUGGCGGACUACAACAUCCAGAAGGAGUCCACCCUCCACUUGGUGCUCCGUCUGCGUGGUGGUAUGCAGAUCUUUGUCAAGACUCUCACCGGCAAGACUAUCACCUUGGAGGUGGAGUCUUCAGAUACCAUCGACAACGUGAAGGCGAAGAUCCAGGAUAAGGAGGGCAUCCCUCCGGACCAGCAGCGUCUGAUCUUUGCAGGCAAGCAGUUGGAGGAUGGCCGCACCUUGGCUGACUACAACAUCCAGAAGGAGUCUACCCUCCAUCUGGUGCUCCGUCUGCGUGGUGGUAUGCAGAUCUUUGUCAAGACUCUCACCGGCAAGACCAUCACCUUGGAGGUGGAGUCUUCAGAUACCAUUGACAAUGUGAAGGCGAAGAUCCAGGACAAGGAGGGCAUCCCCCCGGACCAGCAGCGUCUGAUCUUCGCCGGCAAGCAGCUGGAGGAUGGCCGCACCCUGGCGGACUACAACAUUCAGAAGGAGUCGACCCUUCACCUGGUGCUCCGUCUCCGUGGUGGACAGUAAGUCCAUGGAGCUGCUGUUGUCUCUGGGUUCACAAGUCUGGUGCCUGCCUUGUCUCACCGAUGGAGAUUGUCUGCAUUUCCUGUGGUCGUGUCCUUGUCAUGCCUGUCUGAUGUGAGUCUUUAUGUCGUCUGGUUGUGUUUUGUGAACACUCAGCAGUUUGGUUGAACUAUGUAAUGAAUAAGUGAGCCCUGAAAUUACUCUGGUAAUCUUGCAAAUCUGGAUGAGUCGUCAUUAUUAUAUGGUUAAUGGUUUAUUCAUGUUUGUGAA